AUGAUCAGCGAAGAGUUUAUUGGAGAGAGAUAUAAACCUGUAAUAGAUCCUUUAAAAGAGAUUGCAAUGAAUGUUACAAAGCUGCCUGACCAGCAAAAUUUGUUAAAAAUGGAAGACAAAAAACCAAUAAUUGAUCAAGACGAACAGAAUAGAGAACUAUAUUUUGAUCGGCUUGAACAGAAUAAGAAUCAGGAUGAACGGGAACAUGAUGAACAGGCUGUUAGUGCAGAUAUCCAAGACGAUGAUGAUGAACAGGAAGCUGAUAUCCAUGGUGAUGAUGAAAAAGCCGAUGAUCGUGUUGCUGUUAUGUUAAACGAAUCUAACAUUAACACAUUUCUACAACAAUUUGAUAGUCUACCAAGAAAAUAUGUAGAGUUUAUGAUUAAAGAUACAAAGAAAAGCAUUGAUACUACAUUUGGCAUGCAUUAUGAUAUAGAGUCAAAUAGUUUGAAGAUAGGUGAUAGUUUGAUUAAAUUUCAGGGUCCAAAUCUGGUGAUUAAAAAUAAGACCUAUCGGGGAACAUCCGGAUUAUAUCAACUUUUAGUUAUGAACACUCCUGAUCCCAAUACAAUUGCACAAAGCGAUGAGAAAAAUUAUCGUGAAAUUUUGGAUAAGACAUUUGCAAAUAGACGCGGUCAUACUGUCGAUGAUGAAGUCACCAAAGAGUAUAACAACACAAAACACCAUACAACUGGAAUGCGACCUGUUGCAGUCAGUCCACAAACGAAAUUGAAGGUUUACGAGCAUAUAAAAAUAUUUGGCAAGCAACAUUUAAAAAUUGGCGAUGUUGUUCGAAUUAGUAAAUUUAAAAAUAUUUUCGAAAAAGGGUAUACGCCAAAUUGGUCUACAGAACUCUUCAAGAUUAUCAACAUUAGAGUAAGCAAUCCAGUGCAUUAUUUACUGGAAGACAUGCAUGGGAAGCCAAUAGCGGGAGGAUUCUAUGAAUAUGAGCUACAGAAGACUAAGAAUCAUGAUGUAUAUCUCAUUGAAAAGGUUUUGAAGAAACGUGGCAAUGAAAUUUAUGUGACGUGGUUAGGUUUAGAUAAAUCUCAUAAUCAAUGGAUUAAUAAAAACAACGUAAUGUAA